AUGAAGUCUAACAGCUACAUCGAGCUAGAUCUGCAUUAUCUCGAACACAAGGAGAAGAAGCUUCGGCAAGCGAAAAGAGAUCUGACCCCACUCCAGAAUGAAUUCGAUUUAUUCGAAAAGGCACUUGAGUUGGCCAAGAGAGAAUUUGCGGUGGCUGACCAUGACUUUCGAUCCGCAGGGAGAGAGUUUGACUCGGCUGAUAGAAGGAAAUCAAGGCUGGCUGAGAGGAAUCAUCUCAAUUCGGCCGAUAAAUUGGAAUUCAAACAGGCUAAAGUUGACUUCAAGAACGCCCUGCGGAAACUCAACAAAGUUAUGGAUAAUUUCGACUCUGCUGACCAGGAACUCAAUAAGGCUCGAAGGGAAAGAAAGAUAGCUCGGGAUAAUUUGAAAGCGGCUCAGAAGACUGUCUAUGUUGCACAAUACAAGCGAAAUUGGGCAGCCAAAUACUACCAAAAGUUCGGCAAGGCUGGUCCAGACGGGUGUAGGGCCACGCCCUGGUCAAGGAAGAUCGAGGAUGAUUAG